AGCGCUCCGCUCCCGUGACUCUUCUUCUGCUGCCUUGGGCUUUACCUCUGAAACAAAACAUUAGAUUUACWCUUCGUUUCCACCUCAUGUAGUGAAUCCACUUCUUCAUUCUGCAUCAAACUCAGCUUCUUAUUUUUGAACUUUUAAUAUCGCUGACAUGAUUUUAUUAACGAGGCUGUACGUCUUCUUAUUAUUUCUUGUGGUUUCGAUCUUCGCAGCUGACAAGAUAACAACAGCCACUGUGUACUGGGACUCCGAGCAAAAGCUUGUCCUGCUGAAGGAUGGAGCGAUGGAGACUGACGGGGACGCCUAUGGGUACCUGAAUGACACCCUGACCACCUCAGGCUGGAGUGUCCUGGAGAUCCGUGCCGGGUACGGGAAGACUCGUGAAACGGAUGAAAUCACUUUCUUCCUUGCUGGUUAUCUCGAAGGAUUCCUCACUGCCCAGCAGAUGAUGGACCACUACACCAACAUGUAUCCUCAGCUGAUCAAAGACCCAAAGCUCCUCGGUCCAGUUAAGAAGUUCAUGGCGAACCAGGACUCGUGGGUCAGGGAGCAGGUGAAGCUGAACAAGAGCUCUGAUCCUCUGUGGAAACAUGUCGGCUUCGUUGUGGCCCAGAUGGACGGACUGCAGGCCGGAGUGGCAGAGUGGGCCAAGAGGCAGGGCAAGAAGCCGUUGUCGCUGUUUGACGUCCAGUUCCUGAACGCAGUGGGAGACCUGCUGGACCUGAUCCCAACGCUACUCCCCAGCUCCAACAGUCCGCACAGAGAUUUCAGCCUUCCAGGGAUGGGACACUGCUCUGCACUCAUCAAGAUGCUGCCGGGUUAUGAGAACCUCCUGUUUGCCCACUCCAGCUGGUACACGUACGCAGCCACGAUGCGCAUCUACAAACACUGGGAUUUCCACGUCUCCGAGCCUCACACAGCCACCGGGAAGCUGUCCUUCAGCAGCUACCCUGGUUUCCUGGUGUCUCUGGAUGACUUUUACCUCCUGGGCAGCGGUCUGAUGAUGACUCAAACCACCAACAACGUUUUCAACUCCUCCCUGUUUGACCAAAUCACUCCRAAGAGCCUGCUGGCGUGGCAAAGGGUCCGGCUGGCCCACAGUCUGGCUCAGACGGGGGAGGAAUGGGCCAAAAUCUUCUCUAUGUACAACUCUGGUACCUACAACAAUCAGUACAUGGUUCUGGACCGGAGCAAAAUCAAACUGGGCCACAGCAUUGAUGAYGGAGCUCUGACUGUGGUGGAGCAGAUCCCAGGAUUGGUGCAGUAUUCUGACCAGACGCAGGCUCUGCGCAGAGGUGACAGAUUUCCACUUGGCGGGGGAUUUUGUUGCCGAGGCGGUGAACGGGCCAACAACGCAGGACGGCCUCACGCCGUUCUCCUGGGAUCAGUUCAGCAGCGUCAGCCACCAGGGCCUCCCGCUGUUCUACAACUUCACGUUUGUCCAGAUGAAGCCUCGUCUCUCUGAGCCGUGAGGUGUGGACAGCUGAAGGAAGAUGCGUUUCUAUAAUCAGACUAUUGCCUGUACAGUUUUUAAACAGGUUCUCUAUCUGAGUUUAAGCACAUAUUUGUCUCAGGGUGUAAUGAUUGAUUUAGUCACAGCAGAAUGAAUGUUCUUCCAUUGAUGCCUUAAACACAGAUGUGAUUUUAUGAUUUGAUAAAAACAUCAAAUAUAGUAUUUAAUUAUUCUGAUAAAGGAUUUCUCCUUCUCUCUGCUCCACUUAGAUGUUAUUAGUGUCACKAUCCUCAGCAGUGAGGGUUUUAUAUAACCCCAUGUAGGAUUCAGGGCUUAAGGUGGACAUAUUUUAAGGUGGUAUUAUUGCUGUAACCCUACAUGAAGUCUUGCAGAAAUCAAUGCAACAGCUCCGGUUUGUGUUUUUCAGUGUGCUUUUGUAAUUGUUUUUUAUUGUGCCUUUAUUGUCAGCUGUUUAAUAAAUGUGAUAUUUGUACCUGUA